UUAAACGUACAAAAAACCGUAUGGUAAACGUCGAUCUUUUUGUUUAUAUUGUUAAUUUUUAUACAUUGUUAAAACAAUAGACAAUAGAAUAGUAAAUAGUUUUUCACUGAAAAUUCUAGAAGCAAAAAGCACCAGGUACCUAAUUUAAUAUAUUAAUGCGGUAUGGAAUCAAAUGGUGUACAUAUUGAGAAUCCAGUUGUGGUUGGAAGUACUAACUCAAAUGGGAUUGACGAAUCUUCCUAUUCGGAGAGUAGUAUUAAUCUUGCUCACGAACCCUUGCAACCAAAAAAUAUUAGAUGGUUUUACAAGAAUGAUUCUAAUUCCAAAAGAUGGACUAAGUUUGAUGGGUCUGACUCGUUGGGCAUAGAAAAUAGAUACCGAGCCAACUUUUGUAACGAUGAACCUAAAGUGCAAUUUUUCAUUAAUAAAUUCACAGUCGUGGUUAGGGGUGGUCUUUAUGAAGCAGAUUUACGUACGAUGAAAUGUACUUCAAUUUUUUGGCCAGGAGAAGAGACGGAAAUUUUGAGAGGUACAUGGUUUUAUGAUGACUAUCAGCCUCAUGAACAUGGUAAUGAAAUAGAACAUAUGCAUUUAAGAUUAUUCAACGAUAAAGUUAUAAAUUUAAAUUCCGAUGAUACAAAAAUAUCAGUUAUCCAUACUGAAGAGUUUAGUGAUUCAAAUGUAGUGUGGUAUUCAUCAGACGAAGUGUAUUCAUUUAGCAAGAAAACUCGGACGAAAAUCAUGAGAAGCGUUACUCAAAAAUUAGGAUCAUAUUUCCAAAGAUCUGCGGGUGCCAAAUUACACAGAUCGUACAAGACAGAAGCUACUGACGAUGAUAAACUAAAUGACAUAACUCAUCUUAUAUUUAUGGUACACGGCAUUGGUCAUAAAAUGGAUAAUAUGAAAAUUAUAAAAAACACAUCACAAUUUAGAGAAUGUGUCAAAUGGAUAAAGCAAAAAUAUUUUCAAGGUUCCCAACAAAGAGCAGAAUUUUUUCCUGUCGACUGGAGAUCGACAUGUAAUUUUGAUGGAGGUCUAGUUGAAAAGAUAACCCCUUUAAAUCUAAAGAACAUCCGUCAGUUACUUAACUCUUCAGCAAUGGAUAUUAUGUAUUACACGUCGCCAGUAUAUGGACAGGAAAUACAAAACAGUUUGGCUCAAGAAUUGAAUAGAUUACAUUCAAAAUUCAUGGAACGACAUCCACAACACGAUAUCAAAGUUUCAAUUAUGGCGCAUUCUUUAGGCAGUGUCAUUACGUACGAUAUCAUAACUGGAUGGGAACCAUUUACUCUAAAAAGGAAUUACCAUAGUCCGAAAAUCCAUUUAAACUUUGAACUCGAGAACUUUUUCUGUCUGGGAUCGCCACUGUCUGUAUUUUUAGCAUUACGGAAAACUAAAGAUUUUCAUGAUAAUGAAAACAUCUUUCCUCAAUGGUUAGCCAAGCAUGUAUACAAUAUUUAUCAUCCAACGGAUCCAGUUGCAUACAGGUUUGAACCAUUGGUGGUAAAAGAUUAUUGUCGUAUAAAACCAGUUGUCAUUCAAGCCUACGGUGCUAAAACGGAUUACACUAAAUCGACUAUAGAAGCAAUAAGUGAUAGCAACGAUCCAGUUAUCGAUGAUACUAAUGGUACCGAGACAAAAACACCAGAUGGAAGGAUAGGCGGUGAAGCGUUUAAGAAAUUUGGUAUGUGGUUCAAGUCAGGAAGUAAUGAGAGUAAACCAAAUUUCAACGAGUCAGACAACGGAACUCCGAUGUCUUCAAAAGGCUCCUCUCCCAUAGAACCGCUGAAUCCUAGAUUGGAUUACGUUUUGAGGGACAGCAUUGGAGGCUCGGCGAGUAAUUACCUCUCGAUGUUAUAUACACAUACAUCGUACUGGUCAAACUAUGAUGUAGCCUAUUUUGUAUAUACACGGUUGUUUCCAGAAUCUGAAAAGAUAGUUGAUGCUCAAUCAGAAUCACUCAGCAUGUCCAUAAAUUUUGACAAUCUACCAGAACCCGAACCAGGUGCAAAGAAAUAGUUUAUUUAACAAUUAUUUAAAUUUGUUGAAGGCGAAGAUGCACUAAACAUCACACACUUGAGUUGAUAACAUUAUGUCAAGUACAAACAAGGCUAAAAUAGUAUCAUUAAUUUUAUAAAAAUUGUUAUGUAAAAAUGUAUAAAUAUUUUUAUCUUUUUAUAUGUUUACCAAAAUAAUUUAAUAGCACCAAAUAAACAAUAAUUUCAGUUAGUUGUAUAAUAAUUAUUGUUAAAAUAAAUCUUUAACAGGGUAAAUAUUUUAAAAGCAUGUCCUUACAGUUACUAGCGAUUU